GGCGCAACUCGGACCUGCCCAACACACACACCCCCCCACACCCCAAGAUGGGGUUUGGCCCACGCGCUCCCCGUGAACGGCAGCGCUGCUGAACGCGGGCGCGGGCUCCCGGGCGGUGCCGCGCAUCCCGGCCUUGGCGUUGAAGGAACCGCCAAAGCUCCGAAACCUUGUUUCUACCAAAAAGCCCCAGGACUACUUACCCGGCAUCUCGUGAUCGUAAGGGGCGCUGGGCAGCAUUUGUUUGUUUUCCCCCCAGACUUCUAAAACUUUCACGGUUCAGUAAUACGGUUGAAAACCAGCAGCCUGCACCGCGUGCAGUAAAUCAGGAGCACCCCCUUCUCUCAGGUUUGAGGAAAUACUCUUCUGGAAUCUGCUAGCGAUGGGAGGGGAAGGAGGCACCCCCUACAGCUACCUCCACAAUUCCUCCUCCAAAGCGCAAGAAGAAAUGCGGAGUCCGAAGCACAAACAUCCUUCAUUUAAUUUGCUCGUUCAUCCGACCAACGCAUGCAGCUGGUUCGCCACUUAAUUGUCCCCACGGGUUUUUUUUUUUCACAUGCGUACGUUCACGAUGAGAUUUGUCGCUCGUUACAGGCGCCCGUAAGGAUCUCCUGCUGGCAGCAGCGUUUGUCUCCGAUGCGCAGUACAACAGAAAUACUCCCUUUAAGACCUCCCCGGAGGCAGUCAGGCUUUAUUAUCUCUAUAACCACUGGAUUAUGCGAACAGCCACCUACUUCUUCAUCUUUCUCAACCUGUCCCUUGCGGUGUUUGAAGAACCUGCUGUGUACCCGCUCCCCUUCCUGGUCACUUCUCUGGUCGAGGUGUUGUGCCUUCUGGUGUUCUUUGGCCGACUGACACAUUUUGCAAAAGUCACCCUUCGCAACGUAUUUUGGAAGGAUACCAAGAACAUCUGCAUCAUGGUUGCAAUCCUGUUAUCACUAACAGACUUGGCCAUAUAUGGGGUCCUCAGGAUAUACAACGUGAGGAGUGUUCGAUGGUCAAGAAUUGUGAGGCCCAUCUUCCUGAUAAACUUUGCAGAGAGUCGCCAGAUUCGGAGGGCCUUCCGCAGUAUCCGCAAUACGCUGCCAGAGAUCACCUACGUCUUCUUGCUCUUCAUGUUUAGCCUUCUCAUGUUUUCCCUCAUGGCCUUGAAGCUGUUUGGUGAGAGGAAUCUCCAGACAGCAGAAGGCUUGCCAUAUUUCAAAAACUACCUAGAAACUGUGUUUGACCUCUAUGUGCUGGUGACGACAGCAAACAGCCCGGAUGUCAUGAUGCCGGCAUUUGACUUCAGCUCGUGGUAUGCCCUGUUCUUCAUUGCCUUUGUCAUCAUCAACACUUACAUCUUCAUGUCGCUCUUCCUGGCUGUUGUGUACAACAACUACAAAAAACACCUGAAGAAUGAGAUCCGUAAGCUUGCUUACAUGAAGCACCGCAAGAUGAUAGAGGCCUUCAACCUCCUGAAGGAAGAGGAGGGCGCACAGUUUGUGGUUAGAGAAGCCCGGUGGAAGCAGCUUGUCAAGCUGGUGGCUCCUGAUAUCAGCAACUCCCACCGAGAGCUGCUGCUACGCAUCUCGGAUGAUGAGCAGAAGGGUUUCGUAGACAAGAAGUCCUUUAUACAGCUGGCAGAUCUCCUCAACAUCCAGGUGAUUACCCUGAAAAUACGCAGCCAUCCACUGGGGCAAUGGAUGCCUCGUGUAUACAAGUCAGCAGUGAGUCGAUUCCUGCGCAGCAUGGUUAGGCACAGGGGAUUUGUUUGGACUUACGAUGUGAUCAUUCUAAUAAAUGCUAUGUUCAUUGCUCUGGAUGAGGAAACCCCCUAUAUUUCUUACGCAGAGUGGGUCUUCCUUGCUUUGUAUAUAAUUGAGAUACUCCUGAAAGUGUACACUUACGAACCGAGGGCGUUCUUUGGCAAAAAUCAGUUCUGGAACUGGUUUGAUACCCUCAUCAUCUUUGCUGCCUUGACUGCAACGAUACUCAAUACCACCCUGAAAUCGACCACAAAGUACAACAGCCAACAGAUCCUGGACAUUGUCUUCAUCUUAAGGGUCCUCAGACUAGUAAGGAUUGUUGACAGCAUUCAAAGGUUCCGGGUCAUCAUCAACACACUGAUAAACAUCGUACCGACAAUGUUGACAUUUGGUGGGCUGACUCUGGUUGUGUACUGUGUAUUUGCUAUCGUCGGCAUGGAGUUAUUCCAUGGGAAAAUCCAGUUCUUCCCUGCAAACUCGAAUGCUCCUCAUGCCCUGGAAUGUGGAAACCCAGCUCUCAAGGAUUCUCUGUUUGCCCGUGGGAAAUACUGCAAGAACAACUUCAACAACUUCGCAUCGUCCUUCAUCGUCCUGAUGGAGCUCACCGUAGUCAAUCAGUGGCAUGUCUUUGCCAAUGGAUUUGCCAACGUGACGGUUCAGCCUGUGAAGCUGUAUUUCAUUGCCUUCCACAUUGUGAUGGUGAUAAUUAUUGUCAAUAUCUUUGUGUCGUUCAUUUUGGAAGCUUUCUUUGUGGAGUACUCCCUGGAGAAGAGUGAAGUAGAAACAGCCAUUGAACAGAAAAUCCAGGAGCUGGGAAUGGGAGUUCAAGAGGAUGAGCUCCAGGAUGAACAGCUCCUUGAUAACAUGGAGACUGCUGAGCACGACCUCGAGGGGGAAGGUGGAACAAAGCCACAGUCGAAAGGGCUGAUGUUUAAAAUUGCCUCCAAACGGUACAGGACGGUUGACGCUCUGCUCCAGCGUAUGUUUGAGGCAGAGAUACCCCUUGAGGAGGAAGGCCCUUCAUUUGAAGAGAUCUCAAACUUGUCCCCUACCGCUGCUGCACCCAGUAACCUGACUUCGGAGCGUGCCGCGUAACAGGGGCGAUCCACAGCAGUCGACGAGGAGGAGCUAAUUCUCAGCUGCCCGGGGUCUCGAGCGUGUUCCCUGGCUGGCUGCCUCCAGGCGCGUGGGGGCCAGAUCACACAGUGGAAGGGGCAGCUGACGCCGGCAACGGCUUCGUCACCCAGAGGAGCUUUAUCUCCUGUAAAGUCUCGUAUAAAUGUUGAAACUGGAGCUACCCUCGGGGGGAGGGGGGGGAAGGCAGAGGGAGAGUCGGUGCCUCUGACCGCGCCGGUCGAGUAAGGGUGCCGUACUCGGUAUGUUAACGCAAUACCUGCUUCUUGUAACUGGAAUCUUGUAUUACAGCACUUUUAUAUGCGUAUAUGGACCGAUGUAAGCUGAAUUAAACAGCUCUCUAGUACG